AUGGAGAGCGUUUAUUUUCAUGGUGUACGUAUUCGUAAUACAAAUCCUAUGAUAAUAGAUGAACAAAUGAGCUAUCGAUGUGAUUGUACUGUAGAAUUUAUGGAUUCUGGUGAUACAUAUAACUUGAACGCUUUCGAAUUUGCUGAACAAAGUGUCUAUUUCGAACGUGUUCUAAAAUAUCACAAUGGAAAUGGGAAUAUACAAUUACCGGAAUUUGUGAAACCUGGUUUCCCUUCAAUUGUAGAAUUUAUACGUACCGGUGAAACAGAGAUUAAUCCUGAUAAUGUUUAUAGUAUAUUCAUCGCCGCGGAUUUUCUUCUAAUACCAAGAUUGAAAGAACAAUGUGCCAAUCUAUUGAAAGAGAUUGCCACGACUGAUUUCUCCGCUGCCAUCGAUAUUUGGUUAAAUUAUAAAUCAUUCUAUUGGCCUGAACUGGGAAAUAUGGCAUAUCAAGUGAUUUUAGAGAAUUUUGAAAAUAUAUGGCAUACAUCAGAUUUUGAAAAGCUAAGUGCAAAUGAUAUUCGUCAAAUUCUACAUGAAGAUACUUUAAAUUGUAAAAAUGAAAAGAAUGUAUUUCAUGCUGUUAUACAAUGGAUUAGUGGUGAUUUUGAUACACGUAUUCAAUAUAUAUUGGAAUUAUUGUUGUGUAUCCGACUUGGAAUGUUGUCUAAUGUUGAUUUGGAUGAUAUCAAGAAGCAUGAUUUUAUUCAAGUCACUCCGGAAUAUUCGGAUUUGUUGAAUCAAUGGCCAACAUGUUUAACAACCACAAAUAAUCGUAUUAUAAAUGCAUAUGGACAGAGAUUUAUAACGCCGAGGCUACCACAUGAAGUCAGUGUCUCCACAUCAUUCAGUUAUAUUACUAUUUGAAGGGUGUAUGAAACCACACUCUUCAUAGUUGAUGUUCUAUCUUCAAGCUAUGACGACUGAAACAAUUUUGACAUCAACAUCAUCAGUCGAAUGUCGAGUAAAGAGGACCAUUACUCCCAGCAUCAUUUACAUGAAGAAUUUUUAAAGAUUGCACACUUUUCUAGUGUAAAUUGACUGGCCAAACAAAAUGCUGAUUCGUCAAAUCACAAAAAU